AUGUUGACGAUUUUGAGAAUUUUAGCUGUUUUCGUCUUGUUUGCGACUACGACAGGUUUUCUAUUUACAAGACAGGUAUGUUACCAACACAUCGGCUGUUUUAGCAAUGCAAGUCCUUUCAACAAUGCCAAGGGAUAUUUACCAGAAACUGCGGAGCAUAUUCAAUCUAACUUCCGGCUUUUUACCAGGCAAAAUCCCACGCAUGCGCAAUCACUAGAUCCGUACGACAGUUCAACUGUAACAGGAAGUCACUUUAACGCAGGAAAGAAUACCAAACUCAUUAUUCAUGGUUUUCAAGACAGUGGAGAUGCACCGUGGAUGCAUGACAUGACCAGGGCCUUGUUAGAUGCGGAGAGCGUGAACGUUAUUGUAGUGGACUGGUCGAAAGGUGCGGACAAUGUUAACUACAUUCAGGCUGCCGCCAAUACUAGAGUGGUUGGUGCCACGAUAGCUAAACUUCUCCAGAAGCUGCACAGUACCACCGGGCUUCCGUACAAUAAAAUUCACAUUAUUGGUCACAGUCUGGGAUCACAUAUAGCUGGGUAUGCUGGGAGGCGUGUUCAUGGUGUAGGAAGAAUCACAGGUCUGGAUCCUGCUGGACCGCUUUUCGAGAACUUCGAUGCCCAGGUUAGACUGGAUCCAACAGACGCUUUGUUUGUGGAUGUCAUACAUUCUGACUCCGACUCCUUAUUGGAACUAGGAUUUGGAUUGGAAAAAGCACUAGGACAUGCCGAUUUCUAUCCAAAUGGCGGCGAGAAACAACCCGGCUGUUCGAAGGAAGCUGCACAUCAUGUGUUUAACUUGAUCACCCUGCAGAUAGAAGAAUUCACCGGAACCAUCGCCUGCAGUCAUAUGAGGGCAAUAGACCUCUUUACAGCGUCCAUUCCAACAUCCGGCUGCUCUUUCACAGCAUACCCAUGCAGCAACAAAGCCGACUUUAACGCUCAACGAUGUCAUUCCUGCGGCAAUGGAUGUUCCGAAAUGGGUUACCAUGCCAACGAGCAUACGGCUCAUGGAAAGUUCUAUUUGUCAACAACAGGACACCAACCGUUUUGUCAAUAA